AUGGGUGAUCAGGUUCUAAAUGAGAGAUGCAGGGAGAGCUGUGGCCUGUGUAUCAAACGGCACCUGUUCCAAACUGGGGGCCCUUCUCUGCUAGUUGACCAGGAGAUUCACUGGGCGAUCCGCAGCACAAAGAACCACCUGACCAAUCGUGUGGAGGAGUUGAGUCUGUGGCAGAACCAAUCAGAAGACAGCAUUGCCCUGGUGGACAAGGAAAUCACUGGCCUUGAACAGGUGAAGACCCAGGCGGAGCAGUGCCUGCAGGAUGGGAGUGUGCACCGGCUGCUGCUGGGGGAGUGUGUCACGCUGAGGGACGGCCGGCGGGCCGCGGAGCUGGUCCACGACCACGUGGAGGCGGGACUGCGGAGGGAGGUGGAGCUGACGGAGGAGAUGAAGGAACAGACCCAGAAGAACCUCCUCAUCCUGCUGGACCAGCUCAGGGAUCUGAGGAACAUGCGGGCCCUUCUGACAGCUGAUGAAAGGGACAAGGGCCAAGCUGCUGAGCUCAACGGACGCUGCUUGAGCUUUAACCUGCAUUCCCCCAACCUGGGCUACAAGUACCAACCCUGCCACGUAGCCAAGGGGACUGUGAGCUACAGCCAGUGGAUGUCCCACUGCAGAGAGCUGAAGCAGACAGCUGAGAAGUUGGCCCUUCACUGUGGCCAGUUCAGAGCGACCAUGCAGUACACCCUGUCUAAGCUGAUGAGUGCGCUGGAGACCCAGCGAUGUGCCACUGACUUCAGUCUGAGGAGGAGGGUGGAGGAGCUGAGCAGAGCCAAGGAGUCUCUGGACUGGGAGAGACAGCAGGUGGAAGAUGCGGUGGUGGAGAUAGUCAGGGACAAGCAGAAGAUGGAGCUGCAGGUCAUGACCUCUGGCUCAGAGCAACAGGUAGCCCACACCCGUCUGGACACUCUGGCUCAGAGGCCCAACCAGGAACUCUGCAUGGACCAGCCUCACGUUGGCCUCCUGCUGGAAAAUAUGAACCUGAGCCGGAAUACGUACGUCCUGAAGAAGAAGCUGGCCCUCUCAGAGUGA